AUGGAUGAACCUACCCGACGCAAACAAGGAGAACGGUCGUGGUGGGCUAACUGUGCGUGGUGCGGCUUUGGCCUCGCCGCGAUGCUCCUCCCCUCCGAGACCCCCGUCACGGUUUCGGUCAGGUCGGGCUCCAUAGGAAAGGAGCUGGUUUUUGAGGUUGGCGAUGCGGGGAUACACCUCCAAGGCGGCGGACAGACGGCCAAAUGCGUCGUUCACUACUCCGCACCCCCGUCCUCUUGGUGGAUUGAUGUCAAGUUUGCUUGUGGUACGAUUCACGUCUUUGAAGACAAGGACGAGGCAGCGACUUGGUGUGACCAGUACGGAUUUAAUUUCGGGGAGACCAUGAAUAUGGACAUCAUGUGGAAGCUUGCAAAAGCAUGGUAUUCGGAGAAGGCAUCUUAUGAGUAUAAUAGACCGACUGAGGCAGAGAAGUCCCAGCUUUUUAAAGAACUUGGGAUGGUGUCGGAGUUUUGGACCGAGUAG